CCAUCAGUCAUCAAAUCAGCUGUGUAUUGCACACAAGGAACAUGUAACAAACAAAUUAUUCGUAUUUAAAAUUUCGAUGUGAAAAUGUCAACUGAGACUAUUUUAAAUAAACCAACUAAAUGUUUAUGAUAAAUUCAUCUUCUAAUAAACAUGGCGUUCGGGUCGAGCAGCGGUAUUACGUCCCUGGGAUUUAACCAGGACCAAGGCUGCUUCAGUGCCUGCCUAAAGUCUGGCCUUCGUGUUUAUAAUGUGGAUCCUCUUGUUGAGAAAACACAUUAUAACAUUGAUGAGAUCGGCAGAGUUAGCAUAUGCGAAAUGAUCUACCGCACAAACUGGCUGCUGAUCGUGAAGUCGUGUUCACCAUCUAUUCUAAGGAUUUUAGAUGAUGGACAGAGAACUUUCACAGCAGAAGUUCACUUCAAAUCACCCAUAAGAGCUAUACGUGCCAGAAUCGACAGGGUUGCCGUUGUUCUCAGCUCUACUGUACAAGUGCUAGCACUGCCAACGCUCGAGCGCAUUUCACUACUGCGGAUACCGUCCAACACCCGGCCUUUGUGUUCGAUGUCCUUGAGUAAUGACGUGGAGGCAUUACAGCUAAUCGCUGCGCCUGCGCAUCGGACAGGCUCUGUUCAGCUUAUGGACAUCUCCCGAACAGUAGUAGGGAGUAUGUCGAGUUCCCCUGCCGUCCUCGGCUGUCAUCAGUCGCAGCUGGCUUGCUUUACCCUGUCAGGUGAUGGAUUGAAGCUGGCCACUGCUUCGGAAAGGGGCACCGUCAUUAGACUUUGGGAUACAGACAAAAAAACGAAACUAUAUGAGCUGCGACGCGGCUCUGAUUAUGCCAAAGUCUACUGUAUAAGUUUCAACGUGUCCGGUUCGCUGGUGUGCAGCGUGUCGGACAAGGGCACGAUGCACCUGUGGCACGCGCAGGGCCCGUACGCGCACGUGGCCGUCGCGCCGUACGUGUCGCCCGACGACCGGCGGCGGGCGCGCGCCGCGUGCGCCUUCAGCGGCGACAGCGUGGUACAAACACAUGUAUGUAAUAAUGCUUUGUUUUUUAUGGCAAUUUGCGUAAUUAAUCUUGUCCUUUAUUAUUUUACAGUGGUCUCAAACAAUGGCUCCUUCCACAAGUUCCGGUUUUCUUUGGAAUCAAGAACUUGUUACAAAACGGAGUUUGAGUACAUAAUGCAGGUUGGGGACGACGUGGACUUUGUUCAGUAGUCUCAUUGCAGUGAAAUACUGAGAUGCUAAAUUUUUGGAAGUUAGUGAUUUAAGUGAUAAAAUCUUAAUGUGAUUUGAUUUUUAGCUAAUUUAUGUUAUAAUGUGUUAAAAAUAUUGUAUAUUGCUACAUAAUCAUUGGCUGCAAUUUUUUUUAAGGUUAAUAUAGGUAUUUUACAAAAAUGUGAUAUUGUUCAUUUUGAAUAAUUAAACGUAAUUAUAAUAAAAUAUUUAAGUUUUAUAAUUGCGAUAAUAAUUAAUUAAUAGGGAUUUUAUAAAUCUGCGAUUAUGAGCUAUGUGAUAUAAACAUGCACUAAUAUAGACUUGUACUUGUAUUAUCCUUAAAUUUUAUUUCAAUUAAUGACUUAUGUAUGCAAAAACUGAUUAUUAAUUUAGACGUUUAGAUUCAUUUUAAUCUUUUUCAAUUAUGUUUGUAUAUAAAAAUUGACAGUAAAAUUGUAUAAUAUUAAUAUAUUUUCUUUUUUUUUUGUAAUAUUUAUUAAAGCAACGAAUACAUACAUUAGGGUAUUAAACUUUAA